AUGAGCGACAUGCCCUGGAAGUACACCCCGUCGACCUUCACCACGCGCUCCGUCGCGGGCUCGGUGUCCGUGUAUGUAGAGGAAGCAGAAGCCGGCGUUGAGCUCAGGAUCGUCGUGGGUGCGCACGAGCUCCACCUUGUCGAGCUCGUCCAUGAGCCCGACGACCCCAUCCCCCACGACGACAAGGUCAAGGCAAGCGAAGGUGGAGGGCCUGGUGGAGAAGGAAGCGAGGGGCUCGGGCUGGCGGAGGGCGGGGAGUCGUGA